GAGAGAGAGAGCGGAUGCGCUGGAGAUAGUGGGGUCACUGUAGGGACGGCGGCGGGUAGAACAUGGAACCAUCGCGUUCAGAGGUCAGAGCGAGAAGUGGCUGUGAUCAAUUCACGAGCAGUCCUCUUGUGUAUCUUGCAAUUAGCGCCGUCGACGUUCACUGUGCUGUGGUGUCUGCGGGACGAUUCAUCAUCAUUAGCGGGAUUUACAACUUCCAAUCGGAGGCCGGGCUGACGUCGAACGUUCAGAGGAGCUGUGCGCCGGAUGGAGAGCGGAGCGCAGCGCAGCAGGGAAGCGAGACGUGAGGCCGAGCGUGUGCGCCUCACUUCCUCGCGCAGUUGCUGGAAGAGCUCGGGCAGGUGAGUCAGUGGGAGAGCUCGCUCCCCUCCGUGUAACGUUGGAAUCCCCUUGGCGCAUCCUCCACCGGGGGAUAUUAAUACCGGUCACGGGUCACAGGCCACAGUGUCUGCUGGCGCUGGCACGGAGCAAACAAGUCCCAAGCUGUGAUAGUGAGUGCAUUAUCGUCUCGUCAGAUUUUAUUCUGAUAGCGUUUGAAAUUUUAGUGACGUAUAUUAUCUUAGAGAAAGCGAAAUACUAACUGUGUGAACAGCGAGGUCAAUAUAGACUUUGGGGAGACAGAUAUAAGCAGUGCCGUUAUUUCUUUUCGCUUUUCAUAAGAAUGAAUGCAUUUCGAAUGUCAACCAUUGGCAUUCGCAUGUAUAUGGAAAAUGAUUUAGUUUUGCCAAAUGUUUACCAUUUAUACCGCCGAGGUUCAUAGUAUUCUACUAGGGUGCGUGUUCACCUGCUGGAGGGCCGUCCGCGGGUGAGCGCUCGCUUUUGUGAAUCUUGUGGACCCAAGCGCUGUCAUUUGCGGUAGAAACAGUGGUUAGAAUAAGGAGAGUAGAUUGGAAAUAAUGUUCUGUUUGUGUAUUAAAUACAAUAUUUUUUAUUAUAUGGCAUAUCACUAAUACUUAUAUACAU